AUCUCCCUCCCCCCCUCCCUUGCUCCCUACCUCCCCCGGGUGCUGCUGGGAGCCUCCGGGCUGCUGCGCCGCAGGAGGAUGUCUCGCAGGGAGUCUCCGCCGCCGCCCUCUCCUCCUCUAGCUCCGCAGCUACUGGGAGUGCGGAGAGGAGAGGAGAAUCGUCCGGAGCGGGCCGAGCCGCUGUCCGACACCGAGAGGGAGAUCAUCCAGGACACGUGGGGGCACGUCUACAAGAACUGCGAGGACGUGGGGGUGUCUGUGCUCAUAAGGUUCUUUGUCAACUUCCCAUCAGCCAAACAGUACUUCAGCCAGUUCCAGGACAUGGAGGAUCCAGAGGAGAUGGAGCGAAGCAGCCAACUUCGGCACCAUGCCUGCAGGGUGAUGAAUGCCAUCAAUACUGUGGUGGUGAACCUCCAUGACCCAGAGAAGGUGUCGUCAGUGCUGGCCCUGGUGGGAAAGGCCCAUGCUAUCAAACACAAGGUGGAACCCAUGUACUUCAAGAUUCUGAGCGGCGUGAUACUGGAGGUGUUGGCUGAAGAUUUCCCAGAAUUCUUCACAGCAGAGGUGCAGAUGGUGUGGACCAAACUGAUGGGGGCGGUGUACUGGCAUGUGACAGGGGCCUACACAGAGGUGGGUUGGCUCCAGGUCUCCAGCUCAGCAGUGUGAAGAAUUUGGAAGAAGAGGUGGUAAAAGAGUUUCAAUUGCAAAACUUCUGUGAGGAUGGUUUCACAGAAAUGGAUAAGAUUAAUGUGGUAAUCCGUGCAACUUUAUUUUUGUGACAUUUUGGGUGCUAAACCUUCAUUUCUGUAGUGUUUCUACAUCGCACUUCCCAGAGAUCACUUUGGCACCAAACAAUGUAGCCAGACCACAUUUUUCUUUAUUUCUAAUAAGGUUUUAGCCAGUGGUACUUUGGUCUGUGUUUUUUAGCCACGGAAGCUAUCACUGCUCACUAUACAGUUCUUCUACUGUUUAUUCCAAACUACUGUUGCUGCCAAAAGCAUACACAUCAUUGAUUGACAAUUUACCCUUAAAGCCCUGCCCCUCUUGGUUACUGUUGCUAGGCCUUUCAAGCUUUCCAAUGCAGUUUACGAUGAUAAUGAAGUCAGAUUUACCACUCAAAAUUCUUGGUAAUUUUUGAAGCAGUGGUUCCUUGAUUUCAGACAGAGGUAGGCUUCUCAUUUUCAGCUGAACACUGUCGAUCUGGCCACCAGUAAUAACAACUGUUGCUAGCAGAUUAGAUCAACUAUCACUAGCUAGCUAAUUAAUGUUAGCUACUGUUAGUUUCCAUCCAACUAAUUUUAACAAAAACCCUGUAAAAGGGUUUAAAUAUGUACUUGAAGGCUUCUUAACAGCUACAUCAUAUUAUGCUAAAAGUCUAAAUCUACAGGUCCUACACAGCAUCAUCACCUUGAAACAUGUAGACCACAUGGAAACAAAGAAGUAGUAUUGUUUUUGUAUUGUGGCAUAGCUAUAUACAGUAGUUCUAGCAUUAUGGUACAUUAUGAUAAAGAAAAAUGUUAAGAAAAAUACUGUAAUACUGUGUUAUAGUACUGUAAGUGUUAGCUGGAAGCUAGGCAUGCUAACAUUUGCAGCGUAGGUUAGAGCAGACAAACACACUAUUUAUAUACUGCACUCUUCAACUUUUGGUGUUUUUGAUUGAAAAAAAAAACAGCACCCUCCAAACUCUUGAAUACCAUACGUUGCUCUCAAUGCAGCUUCACGCACAUUGCUUUAGCAUGUGAAAAAAUCCAAAGCUCGACAGGCCUGCUGUGUGUAGUUACAGAUAAGCUAACGUUAUGUUGGACAGUGGCUGUUCAGGGUAGGGCGUUUUAGUGAAUGGUCAGCUGGGGAUAGCAGAAACAGACAUUUAUUUAGGCUAUACGAAAAUGUUGCGGAUUAUUACUUUACAGAGUUCAUUUCUGUGGAAACCUGUAGUGAAAGAAGCAUCUUCCGGCUAAGCCGCACAUAUGAAUAGACCUACACCUUAUGAUAUUUUAAAAAGAGAUUAAGAAAUCUUUAGAGAAGAAGUGAUAUUUAAGCUCUAAGAGGAGGGAAAUUAGUUGUUGAAGCCCUGGCUAUUGGACCAUGGAGCUGCUGACUGUUAAUAGAUUAUCUUUGUGUCCUACUAAAGUAUAUCCUCAUGUUUAGGGAACCUGUGCCCCUUUAUCUCUCUAUUGAUUCAUUGCGUGCUCUUAAUGUCUUGUUUAACUUUACCGAGGUGUUCUUUGUAUAAGUGUACAGUGGGCAAGUGUGCAUACUCUUCUGCCUUUGUUUACAACUCAUUGACACGUUGGUCUGUUGACGUGUUAAAGAGGGCUGUUUUUUCUUUGCUAAAAGUCUUGGACUAGCAACAGUGCUUCAUUUUUUUUCACUUUCAUUACACACAAACAUUGUGGAAGUGAGAUGGAAAAUAUCAGCAGGUGGACACAAUCAGCAACCAGACGUGUACACACUCACACACAGGCAUGCUAAUAUUUACAGGACUGUCAGUUAGUUUACCUCUUCAUCAGAGAGACAUGAGGCAUUAAAGGCUCCAUUAAGGGCUUUAGAAAAUCACUCCGGAUAGCUAUGGAAAACAUGUCAGCUUUAGAAGUGCCAUCCUUAGAUCUCUGACCCAUCUAACACAAGAAAUUGUAUCCAAAUACAUGAAAUGCAUCAUGUGAAUUGUACUGCUUUUGCUAUAACACAAUGGAUGCUUUCUAUAUAUUUGACCAGGGGAAUGGUGGAAACCUCACAGUUUCUCUCUAAACUCAUAUACAGACAUAUUCAGUUAUCCACCACCUCCUUAAACAUGUUAUAAACUGUCAAACUAACUUUCUUUACCUUAGAUUGUCACCGGCACUUCAGUAAUCAGUCUUUGGACUGCAUGCACUUCUGCUUGCCGUCCCCAUCUGCGAGUCUCUCUCUGGUCAAUUCCCAAACAUACAUUGCAAAUCUGUUUAGGAUGGACAUUUGAUCCAAUCUUCAAUUUGCAUCUGCUCCAGUGACGUCCUGUAUUUCCUAGUUGCCCCCUUGUCAUUGGCAUCUGGCAUUAAUGAGGAAGUAAUGAGUUUCCUCUCCUCCUCAUUUGGUCAUUCAUCUACUGUUACUUCCCAUUGCCUCCGUUAGGACUGCGUCACUGAGAACAAAAACAAUUAUGACUGGACAGAUAGUCUUAAACCCUUCACACCAUGUCAGCCAUUCACAACAAUACUUCAUAAAAAGGCCUUUUAUUCACUUCAAAUAUUUACACAAUUUAAAAAAUGACUUCCUGAAGCUAUUAAUUACACAUCAUGCCUUUCCUUAGACCAGUAGUUUCCUAACUGUUGCUACCAUACUCCCCUUUGGAAGCUGGUAAACAAUCAUAGCUGUGUAAAUUGAUUGAAUUUCAUAAACCAGGACAAAUACUAGGUUAACUUACAAAAACAAAAUAAGCCAAUUACUUCAAUUUUAUUGAAGUAUCAUUAAAAGGUACUGCAUGUUUUUGAUUAGAUUCUGUCAUGCAAAUGAAAAAGGCAAGUUAAACCCAAGGCUCUCCUGCUGUAUUAACAUAUACUGUAUACAGUACAUAGGGAACAACUUUUGAAGAAAAAAUUCUAUUAUCUCAAGUUAAUAUCUUGCUAUCUUUAUAUAACAGUUUUGUUUGCUUGAGAUAAGGAGAUAAUUAACCUGCCAUUAAAAAUACUGAGAUAACAAGAUAAUUUAACUGUAUCUGUAUCUGCUGGAUGUGAUCAUAAUAACAGGAUUAAAACAAUUACAACCACAGCCAGUCUUGGCUUCAGUAUCUGUACUGAAGCCAAGACUGGCUGUGGUUGUAACUGGCCAUUUAAAUUUGACAUACGUUUACUAAGAGAUACUAUUAAACAAGUUCCUUUUCCAGUUGAACUGGAGAGUCUUAAGCCAAUACAUGGAUAAAAAUACACACAGGAGUCAAACAAACCACAAAGUAAACUAUUUCCACUUUGGCUCAAAUAGCUCUGAAGGCAGUAAAGCUGUUGUCAGUCAUAAAUUAUCUGUUUCAAAAUACACACCAAUCCUGUUGUCUGCCCGACUUCCGACGUCAGCAUCCCUCGAGGUUCAUGAGGAUUUUUGUUACAUAGAGUUUCCCAGACAUUUUGUUUAUUAAACACUGUGUGAUGUCAAACCCGUCUGCAAACACACACACGAUGGAGAUGUACUGUUGCUUUUGCUAAGCGGCAGGUUUCGUGUCCCUCUAUGCAGGAUGUUUCUUGUCACACCAUAAACACACACACACACACACACACACACACGCACACACACACACAAUUAUGUGCAGACACAUUCCAAUAACGCUCACUUGCUUUCUUUAUCACUUUAUACACACACAUACACACACACACACACACACACAUACACACACAUACACACAUGGUCUUGCAUUUAAAUGGUGAGUUGGGCAUGUCCUCGCAUGCCAAGUGUAAUAUAGCAUUACUUACUAAUCCAGUUUAAUUUUAAGAAGAAAAGUAGACAAACUUUACUCACAUGUUCAAACUCUUUCAGCAAAUAAGGGUGUCACAGCAUAUGGAACUCUGUGUAUUUGUUGUGAAAUGUUUCUGUCCAUCAGUUGAAAAGUUAGGACUUUAUAUUUUUCUAAAUAUAUCUAGGAGAGGGAUUAUAUGUAUUUGAAUACUGUAUAUGAAUAUUUCAUUGUAUACUGCGUUGGUGGGAGCGAGUGCUGUGACUUUGUAGUGUUAUGCGCAUGUUUGCACAGCCUACCACAACUUGUACCUUUGCAGGCCUGUGAAAAUGAAUCAUGACCAUCAAUAAAAUCAAUAAAAUAUA